AUGUCGUCCUACGACUCCAACAAAUCAAACUACCUCCACACCCAACACCAGCAACCCCAUCAAGCACCGCCCUACCCCACGACUCCCAACGCGCCCACAUCUGGAACUUACUUUUCGCAAAUGCCUCAACAGCAAUCUCAGCAAAUGUACUCCUCCUCGCCUCCCUACACCCAGCCUUCAUUCCCCCACCAACAAUCGUGCCAUCAACAAACCCGCCACGCCCGCACAUCCUCGACAUCCUCCAUGUCGCACAGCUACCCCCCACCCCCCGGACCCCCACCCGCCUCGCAAUCAGGCCAACAGCCAAUGGGCAUCCCAAUCCACCAACCCACCCCGCACCACUACCACCCUUAUGCAUCUUCCUACCCCCCUCCUGCUGCUCCACCAGCAACAACAAUAAAUCACAUGCCGCAUACGCGCUCAAUGUCAACAUACAGUCAGCAUCAUGAAGAGGAGAAUGGCAGCAAGUACGGGAACGGAAGUGGGAAUGGGAAUGGAAGCGGGGAGUUGGAUUCAGAGACGGAAAGAGAGUAUAAGAAGAGGUAUGCGAGGGAGAAGAGGGUGGAGAGGCGACCGACGCUGGGAGGCAGUUUGUUGAGUAUGGUUGAUGCGGUGGGGAAGGCGUUUGGAGGAGGUAGACAUUGA